AUGAUUGAUAAUCAAAUAAACAAACCUAUCAAUGAAUUAACAUUAACGUUAUCUGAUGAACAGUAUUUAAUGCAAUCAUUGAAUAAUACACAAAUAUCAUUUUCAUCUCCUGCCACUUGUAUUCAUCAUGAAUUUGUGUAUCAAGUAAUGAAACAUCCACAAAAACUAGCUGUUGAACUAGAUGAACAAUCAUUAACAUAUUGUGAACUCUUAUAUUAUGUCCAAGUCUUAUCUUUAACUCUUCUUAACGAAUAUCAUAUCACUCCAAGUGAAAUAGUUUGUCAAUGUGUUGAGCGAAGUUUGUCAAUGGUAAUUGGCAUAAUGGCGAUUGAAAUGUCUGGUGGUGUCUAUUGUCCACUAUCACCUCGAGAUCCACAACAUCGUUUGCAUGUACUCAUACAACAAACACAAAGUCGUCUUGUUCUUGUUCAUCAUUUAACGAAGAUCAAAUUCAAAGAUGAUAUUGUUUCGUCUAAUAUUGAUUCAAUAUUAAAUAUGAAUGAUAUGGAUAAUGACGUUGAUAAUAAUUGCGUUUCAAGUGUGAUAGCGAAAGGGAAGGAAAUAGCUUACAUUAUUUUCACAAGUGGUUCAACUGGAACACCCAAAGUGGUUCAAGUUCGACAUAAAAACUUUAUUGAUUGUAUACAAUCUUUGGUCUAUAUUAACUCAUUUAAUAAAGAUGAUACAGUUGUACAAAUGACACGAUGUUCAUUUGACAUUCAUGUUCAAGAAAUACUUGGUGAAACUUUUAUUGUUCGUUUGAUCGACUUGAUCAUGAAAAGCGGCAUAACCAACUGUACUGUGUGGAAUUUGUAUGGUCCAGCUGAAACAACAAUAGUUUCUACCUUCCACAGAGUGGAUCUAAUAGAAGAUACACGAAGCGUUUCAAUUGGUAGACCACUUUCUAAUUACCGAUCUAUGAUUUUGAAUGAAUAUCUACAAUCAUCUGUUACCGACGACGAAGGCCAGUUGUUUAUAGGUGGAGUAGGUGUCUUUGCUGCUUAUCUUGGACAUGAUGAUUUAACUGCAAAAGCUCUUGUUGAAAUAGAUGGUCAACUAUUUUAUCGAACAGGUGAUCUUGCUAGAAUGGAUAAGAACGGUCUUCUGCAUUAUCAAGGAAGAAAAGAUCAUCAGAUCAAAUUACAUGGACAACGAAUUGAACUUGGUGAAAUCGAACGAUGUUUACUUAACACAUCUAUAUCUGCUUGUGUUGUCAUGAAAUGGAAUGAUGAUUAUUUAGUUGCUUAUGUUCAAUCUUCUUCUCAUAUGAAUGAAGAACAACUACGGCAACAUUGUCAAUCUCAUCUUCCACCACAUAUGAUACCAUCAAUAUUUAUUAUACUUGACAAACUACCUUUGAAUCAAAAUGGAAAAAUAGAUCGAAAACUUCUACCACCACCUGAGUUUUCAUCGUCAACUGACAAUCGUGAUGAUAAUCUGCCGCGCAAUACCUUAGAAAAACAGUUACAAGUUAUAUUUAGCGAAGCUUUUCAUAUUGAAUCCCCUCAUGUUGAAGUUCCUUUUGGUCGACUUGGUGGAACGUCAUUAAGUGCUAUUCUUGCGCUUACAUUAAUUCGUCAACAGGUAUGCAACAAGGUUGACAUUGGUCUUUUAUUUACUAAUCCAUCUAUUCGGCAAUUGGCUCAAGCAAUAGAACCUUUAUUAGUUUUCAAUGAAUCACAAGAGACAGUUUCCACGGACAGUGAAACUCAUGAAACAGAUGUGCGUUUUGUACCGUCAUUUGUUAUUGAAUCUUUAGGUAUUGUACUUCUUGUUUGUCAAUGGUUGUGUCCUAUCAUGAUAAUUCAUCAAUGGUGUCCGUUAUUUCUCCCUAUCUUACCAAUAUGUCAUCUUCUAUUCUAUGUCAUAUGCUCACAUCUACUAUCAUCGGGAAAUAUUAGAGAAGAUGAUGUAUUCUCUUGGAACUAUUAUCGUUGGUGGUUUUUAGAUCGACUUUGGAAUAACAAUACAUUUUGGCUGCAGCAUAUAAUUGGUACACCUUUGUACAAUCGGUAUCUUCGUCUUUGUGGUGCUCGGAUUAGCCUCGACGCACAUAUUUAUACCAUAGUUAUCGAUGCUCCAUGGUUGUUAGAUAUUGGUGAUGGCACUUGGAUUGCUGACCAUGCGAUUCUGAACUCUUUAUAUUUCAAUGAUAAUAAUACUUUUGCGCUACAUUCAAUUAGAAUUGGUUGUCAUUGUUCAAUCAGUGCCCGAUCAAUUCUGUUUGGUGGAGUCGAUAUGCAAGACAAUGUUAUGGUUCAACCCUUAACAUCAGCUACUGGUUUCAUCGCAUCUGAAACGAUUAUCGAUGGUGAAGAACAUAAAUCGGUUCCAUCAGACAUUUCAAUCACACAUAGUAACCGAUCAUUAUCAAUAUGGCACAAGAUCUAUCAAGUUAUUGUGCUCAUCUUAUUGAUCUGUAUUCACUGUACACUUUUAGCCAUUGUCUACAAAGUUUGUUCAGUUGACCAAAUACCACUACCGAUUAGUAUUGCUUUUUGCUGGACUUUGUGGUCAAUUAGUGCUUGCUUUAUCACUCUCGUUCUCUUAAAAUUCGUAGUCGGUUCUUGUAGAGCUGGUGAGACAUAUCCAACUGCAUCGUGGUCAUAUUUACAUAAGGUGUGGCUUCGCCAAUUAAUUGUAUCUAGUUUUCGUCGUGCCUGGUUACUAUCAAAUAGAUACGAUGAGCGUUAUCCGUUUAUUCUCCGUUGGUUAGGUGCUCAAGUUGGAGAUAAUGUCAAAAUCGCUGAUAUAGACAUCUUCUUGUCCUAUCCAGCAAAUCUAUUGAAACUUGAAACAGGUGUUACUGCUUUUGGUUACUUAUUAAUAGUUCCUACGGAAAUGACACUUUCGGGUGAUCAUCGUGUAGACUGGCUAACACUCGGAUCUCAUACAAACCUUGCGAAUGGAUGUACAAUUUUGCCGGGUAGUCAUCUUGCAUCUGAUACUAUGGUUGGCAAUUUAACACGUAUCACUCGGGAAACGAAUAGCAACAAUGGAGAUGUUUUUAUUGGUGUUCCAGCUCGUGCUAUGCCAUUUAAAAUGCCCGCUACACAAGCAAUGGAAGAUCCAAUUAAAACUAUUCCAUUUUGGAAGACGUGUUUUUCUUAUUGUAUUAGCAGAUAUCUUUUCAUAAGCAUCUAUUUGUUAGGUGGUCUUACUGUUGGACCAUUCAUUCAUACAAUAGUUAUUUGCAGUCUCUCUCGAUGGUUUUCAUCUACAGACAAUGAAAUAAUCAACAAGAUAAAAGCAACACUAGCGAAAGAUUACCAAGUUUUUAUUUGUUCAUUUCUUGGCUAUACACAAUGGUUAAUUCGAUUAUUUCGAGUAUUUGGUGCAAACAUCGGGAACAAUGUGAUUUUACCUGACAUUUCUUCUAUUUUUGACUACAAUUUAGUGACUAUUGGAGAUCAGGUUCGACUUAAUACUGGUGCUCAUAUUGUGUGUCACACUUUCGAACAGCGUAUUCUGAAACUAAUUCCUGUUACAGUAGGCAACUCUUGCGUUCUUAUGAGUGGAUCAAUUGUAAUGCCAGGUUGUAAAUUAAUGGAAUCUUAUGUAGCAAAAUCAAUAGUAUCUCGAUCUGUACCCAUUUAUGAUGAUGAGGUCAAAUAUCAACAGAAAUCUAACAACUUUGAUGGACUGUCUUUGUGGUAUGAACAAAUUUCUAAUGUCUAUACGGAUGUCAAUGAACUACAAUUCAUGAAUUGGGGUUAUGCAGAUUUGGAUGAGCAUCUUGAUGACAAUACUGGUUACUAUUCGAAGAAACUUUAUCAACAAGUUCUUUCUAAUGUAACACUUAUAGAUCAAAAUAUACUGGAAGUGGGUUGUGGUAAAGGUGCUGGUGCUGCUUGGUGUGUUCGUACAUAUGCUCCUCGAUCUUAUGUUGGAAUAGAUCCUUUUCGAGACGUCAUUAACCUAUGUGAACAAUAUUAUUCAACAAUUCCUCGACUCUCGUUUACGAUAGCUGAUCCAAAAACUCAUUUAUCAUUUCAAAAUGAGUCAAUGGAUGUUGUUCUUUCGAUCGAAACAACAAACAUUUUUGAUGAACUAGUUGCAGUGAAGGAAUUCAUCAAUGAAGUUACUCGUGUGCUUACUCCUAAUGGAUACUUUCUCUGGUGUGGCUUGUGUAAUGUAGAUGGAUCAAGUGUAUUGAUUGAUUAUUUAGAAGCAAACAAUGCAUUUAUUAUUCAAGAGAAGGCCAAUAUUACAGGAAAUGUUCUUCAUGCACUUGAUAUUCAAAGUAACUCACGUGCUGACUUUGUUGACCGCUAUAUUCAAUCUACAGAUCGAGAAUAUUGCCGUCUAUUGGCUGGAUUACCUGGCACUCAACUUUAUGAUAAUAUGCAACAAGGACGAGCAGAAUAUUGGCGAGUUGUAUUCCGCAAGAAAUAA